CUAAAAGUAUAAAUUGUGGGCAUUGAUUCGUGAUUGUUGCGUUUAUAGUUUUAGUUCAUUCACAAGAAAUUGUGUUAUAUUUUAAUUUCUUGUUUCAAGAUUAAAACUUCUUCUUUUUAUUAUAUUUAAUUAGUUCAAAAUGUCGUCAGAAACAGCUCAAGUGAGCUCUUUGCCAUUACCCCCUAUGCAAUACAUUAAUUUUUACACUGAUGAUAAUGUGAGACGAAAUAGGGCUCCUCUACCACCGAGGCCUAUUCAUGACUCGUAUUCAAUGUUUGGCCACCCCUUCAAUGCUGAUGAUACAAUUAUAAGAUCCUUGGAAAGUCAGGGCUUCAGAAGAUUGUAUCCAAUGCAUUUUGAUAGAAGAAGAGAGUUGAAAAAACUCAACCACUCAUUGUUAGUGAAUUUCUUGGACUUAUUAGAUCUGCUGGUUCACUGUCCUGAUUCACCGAAGAGAGCAGAAAAGGUUGAAGACUUGAGUCUGUUGUUCAUACACAUUCAUCACCUGCUCAAUGAGUUCAGGCCUCACCAGGCUCGGGAGACUUUAAGAGUUAUGAUGGAGCUGCAAAAACGUCAAAGAGUAGAAACUACACUGAGAUUUCAGAAGCAUUUAGACAAGGUCCAGGAUAUUUUGCAGAAUGCCCUUCAAGGCUUGCCAAAUCAGAAUGAAGUUGAAUCUAAUUUCAAAGUGCCUGUAGAAAUUCUGGAUCAAAUGACUGUGGGCUCUGGUGAUGGAGCAAAUGCUGAUCCCUGUUAUGAACUUGAUCGCCUUAUGUGUAAUGUUGUGGAUAAUAUGAGAUAGUUUAAGUUGAUUUAGUAUUGAUACAUAAGAUACAUUAUAACAACUGAUAAUUAGGUUAACCCUUCCUAUGCCUUAUUACCAAAGCUUAUUACAGUCCAAAUGAGGGCUAUCGUUUUUUUGCUCACCAGUUGGCGCCUCUGUUGAUGGUGGUCCAAAAGACUAAAGAACAGCUGUCAGUCAUUGAAGUGACAUUUCGAACUGCGAAGACCACAGAACUAGGAUGACAUAAGCAUAAAUUUUAGGUCUGUGGCGAAGACCACCGUCCACACUAGCGCCCCUAGCGGCGAAUUCAUACGCGUUAGCCCUCAUUGUUGGGAUGUAGUAUAUGGGACAAGGCAUACGAAAGGUUGUCAUUUUUUAUUUAUUGUAAGUUCACACAUCACAACAAUACACUAAACUUGAGUACUGUCUCAAUAUAUCAUAUUCCUUUUUACAGUCACCCUCUUCCCAUCCGUAUCUGAUCUGUUAGUCAAAGUUGAAAGUGUAUUUUACAGUCUCAUUGUUUCUUGGAUAUCUCCAGUGUGAUGACAUUUUAUGUUCUACCUAGGAGCAUGUUUCCAAUUUCUAUUUUAUUAUGUUUAUAUGUAGAAAAUGAAAUGCAUCAAAACUAUGUCAAUGUGGAGUUUAAUUAGACUCCCCAGUUUCCAAUUGGGUUGAAAUUUGUCAAAAGAAUUGUUAAUAAAACAACCUCAUUGAGAAGUAAGAUAGGAUAGGAUUCAAACGAUUUGAUAAAUAAAACAAGUAAAU